UAUUAUUAAUUUUUUUUUUAAGAUUCCUCAAAAUGCAGAGAAGAAUUACUCAAUGGAAGAUCUAAGCAACUCCACAAUCCUAGAGGAAUUAAAAAAGGCUAAAAGCCUUCCCAGUCUGGUUCCUACUAGCAAAAGAGCAGGUCGUGGCAGACAACACAAAGAAGGCUUUUUUCAGUUCCUUGGAAGCCUAUUUAAAAUUGGAUCAAAAUCUUCUUUGGGAGAAUCUAAACAGUCUACCUUCCAAGAUGAACACAACAGACAUGGAAAGGAUUCGCAGAACCCAGCUGCCCUUCAGAAAGAUGGGAUCACAAAGCAUCGGAAAACUGAAAUAUUUGUCAUUUCUACUGCUGGAACGGAAGAAACAGCAGUGCCUAUAGAAGAGCCUAUAUUGGAUAAUACCAGGGAGGUUGGUUCUCAGGAUUUACAGAGAAGACUGGAGCAAUCUGUUGAUGCACUAACGCAAAGUGAACGCGAGCCAGAAGCACCAGCAAUUACUUAUGCAACGUAUCGGGGUUCUGUACGGAUUAAGCAGCUACUUAAGAAACAAGCAGAGGAGGUGCUAAAAAGUGAAGAAAAUACUGAAAGCGAAUGUAUUUUCACUGUGACUGGAAAUGAAGAAGCCCAAACUGCUACCCUUCCAAACUCAGCCUCUAAUGUAAGGAUAGAAAUUACAAGACACCUGUCAAAAGAGAAUCAAAAGGAUGACGCUAAAGAUGGCAAGGGAAAUGUUAAAGCAAACCUCUCCGCAGUUAAAAUGGAACUGGAAAAACCUGAUGUUGCUAAGGAUAUCUUAGAUAGCAGUGAACAUGGAACAAGUGCAUACACCUUUGCCAAAACCACUGAAACCAACUCCAACAGAAAUCACAUUGGAGAACUAGAUUUGUUAAUUUCCUUAAAUCAUGCACCACUUUCUGAUGCAUUAGAAGUUAAUAGAGUUCAUUUGCUACACUCAGUAUUAUCAGCCAGAGACAACAGUGAGAUCUCUGCUAGUUCCAGUUACCAGACACUGGAGUCCGGAAAUAACAGAUUGGCUGAAAAGGCGGCGAGAACAUCAGAAGAAACAGAAGCUCAGUUUCCAUCAGACAAUAAUGCCAUUUCUAGCUUUGAUAAAGAAAUAAAUUCUUGUGUUCAAAUAUCUAAUGAAGACUCUAAAAAGACAAUGCAAAAUGAUUGUGAGUGUUCAUCCAAAGCAAAGAGAAGGGAAGUUGAAAAGGAGCUAUCAUUGUUAGAGGGUGAAUAUGCUGGUAAUAGUCAGUUGGAGCUGAAAUUGGAUAUCCAGCGGGCUCAUUCUAGCCACACUGCACUUCAACUUCAGGUAGACAGGAAUACAGAAAAUGCAAAUAAAGGUAGUGGUCUAAGAAUGGAUGAUUCACAAAAAAAUGUAAUGGCUGAAGAAAGGAAGCAAGAAACACACACCUUUGUAGCUAAUGUUCAUUUUCCUUUAAAUCAAGAAAGAUCUACUGAAAAGUUACCAGAGGCUGUGAAGGACAGACAAUUUCCUGCAGUCAGUAAAUUGAUGGUAAUGGACAGGCUGUCUACUUCAGUGCCAUCUGCCAAAACUAUUCAAGAUGCUGGCAUGGAUAUAGUAAAUAGUCCAGGUAUUAAAGAGUUCAGUAAAUCAGGGAAGCCAACAUAUAUCCAAAAUGAUCCCUUAGUAAUUCUUGGGAGUGAAUCAAAGAAUGCCAACACGGAGAACACUUCUGUACCUUCCCUUGAAUUUGAGGCUGUCGAGACAUCUAAGGUUUCACCUGAAUCUGCAGAAGUGAAUGUUGGAGGCACAUCUCAAUCAGCCCUUGAAUGUGGAAGUGUGAAGUCCUAUGUGCCGUCUCCUAUCUUAGAAUCUAAAGAUGCCAGCCUUGGAUCUGGAGAUGACAGCUUGGCUAAUAUUCAUCUUCCUAUCCACAGAUCUGAAGAUGAAACCAUCACCAAAAAACCAGCCCACUUACGAGAUGUUAAAAAAGCCAAAAUUUCUCCCACUGCCUGUGCAUAUGAAAAUUGCAAGCCUAUUGAAUCUGAAGGGAUGAGCCUCCCCAGCCAUGUAGUUCCUGCCACGAUGCACAACCUUACUCCUCCUUCCCUUGAAACUGGUGAAGUCUUUGGAGCCAGAACGUUGGUUUUCUCCACAGAGGGUAACAGGGCAAAAAAUAUUUCUCAAACUCAUGAAACCAGAGAUAAUAGGGUAGAUUAUAUUGUUCCUGCUGUUCCUAAAACUGUGAGUGCCGAUAUAACAAAUAUUUCUCCUCUUUCCUCUCCAUUUAAAGAAAUCUGCUUCUCUGAGCUGUCUCCCACUUCUCUUAAAUCGGAAGUAAAUACCUUUUUUAACACUCCUCAUUCUGCCUUGGGGGCUGAAAAAAAUGCUUUGACUAACCAUUCUUCUUCUGCCCUUGAAAAAGGAGCUUGUUUAGAAGUUAUUUCAGUCAUUAGACCUAAUUCUGAAGAUCGUAAUCAGGUGAACAUUUCUGCUAAACAGGAAAACAGUAAUAAGUCUAAGAUGACACCUGAUCUACUUAAUUCUGUAGAUGUCAGCCUGUGCAAAGUACCUUCCCCUGCUUCUAAAUCUGAAAAUAUCCGAAUUGCAAAAUUAUCAGAUACAUCUGCAGUCAGUGAAUCUAAGUGUGCUUUUCUUGGAGGUGAUGCAUCAGAGACAGUGUUGUCUUUCAUGGAAAAUGGAGCUGUCAGUGCACCUACAGUUAUUUCUGAUGGUAAAAAUGCAGAGGUCAGUGUGACCCAGAUUUCACUUUGCUCUGAAAACAUCUACGCUCAGUGUAACUCUGAUGUCAUUUUAGCUGAAAGUGACCAUGCUGUUCCUAUCUCAGAGGUUUGUGUUCCCAAGCUUGUGCUGCCUCCUACUCAGAGGUCUAAAGAAAUUUCCAAGCCUUGUCCAACUGUCCUUGAAAGAAUAGAUGUCUUGGACAGAAUUAAUUUUCCUAUUAAGCAUGAAGAUGUUAAAGGCAAAAUUUCCUCCAGACUCGGAAUUAGCGAUGAAAUUGAUUAUGUACUUUCAAAUGUACCUCCUACUGAAAAGUUUAAAGACGCCUGGAUAACCAGAUCCAUAACAUCAACUACCUGUCCUUUGGAGCUUGUGGAAGCAAGUUCAAGUUUAGAUUAUAGUAAGGAUGUGUACAAAACUCCUGCAGAGCAAGUAAACCUUUGUAAGCAUAUUCCCUCAAUCACACACAACCCAGCUAAAAUGAAUGAUCACACCUCUUUUUUUACAGAAUCAAGCAACUUCAGUUCUCAGAAAACAUGGGAAGAUAUGGAAACAAGAAAGCAAGUGCACAUUGAAUCCCAAGACACUGUUCUGUUUAAAAAAGCUAAAGAAAUCGUUGAUGCAGUUUUACACUUGGCCAUAGAAGAAAUAAGAUCAAAACAAGCAGCUGGUGUCUAUCAGCCUUAUGGCAACAAGGGCAGUUUAAUAAAGCUGGAUAGCCUUAAAGAACGGAAAACUGGAAAGAUACAAUUAGAAGCAAAAGAAGUACAGUUGGCUAAGCAUUCACUAAAACAUUUUGAUGAGAGCUAUGCAGGAAGCUCCUCUGAAGUUAAAGGAAAGGAAAUGGUUUCUACAAAUAUUCAGGAUGCAAAGAUACCAUUUAACAUCACUCAUAAAACUGACCUACAUUGUUCAGUAGCACUAAAAGCAAAAGAAAUAAUUGAUGAAGUUAUUAACUCAGCCAAACAAAAACUGAUGUUUAAUCAGCUUGAAAACAGUGGGAGCCCUUCUAAAAACGUUGUGCUUAAACGUAAGAUUGGAUUCUCAAAGACUCUAAACACGGAUGUUAAAUUAGCUGCCAAAACUCAAGAAAUAAUCAAAGAACCCAUGGAUUUAAACCAAAUAGACAAGGAAUUGAUCCAGGAUGUUAAAGACUGUGAAAAAGUUAGCUGUACAGGUCCUUUACUUCUAAACUGUGUAGAUUGUAGCACAGAUUUGACCAUAGGAGGAGAAACAGUACCAAAUCAUAUAUUUUCACAUCAAAGAAAUGGACUUCUGCAUUCUGAUGUUUUAACAAAUCUGGAAUCUGACCUUGCAAUAAUAGUAAAAGAUGAAUGCUCUAAAACUGUUUAUGAUAGCAUAGUUACGACAGAAAUUAGUGAUAAAACUAACAUUUGGACAGCUGGCAAUAAAUCUGAGGAGACUUUACAUGUAUUAAAUGGAGAUUCUGUUAUGAUUGAAGAGAGGAUGCCAUCAUUACAGUUAAAAGAUUUAUGCAGUAAUACACAUGUGCCAGAACAUGUAUCCGUGCCAAACUUGACUUUUAAUUCAUCCCCUUUUGUAUAUGAUGAAAAAUAUACCUGUGUAUUCAGCAAAACCAAAGAUGAAAGUAGUCCUUCAGGUUUAGAUAAAAGUUGUGGUAAAGAUCUGCCAGAAGAUUGUGUCAAGAUGGAAGAGAAUUCUUUCUUUGUACAGGAAAAAACAAGCCCAAAAGAUUCACAGGCCAACAGUGAAGAAAGCAGUGGAAAAACAGAAGCAAGUGAGAUACCGCAGGAUAAAAACAGAUUAAACAUACAGUUUGCUUCAUCUGAAUCAUCUGUAACUGUUCAGGACACUGAAAGGAAAAGGUGUUUCCACUCAGAUUUUGCCAAUAAAGUUGAGACACUCAAAUCAACACUGAUGAUGGGUCAAAGUUUACAAAGAGAUAAUGCACUUGGAGAAAAGAAUCUUAACAAUAAUAAUGAUUCAGAGGAACCAACAAAUCUUUUAUCCUUUUCUCCACAAGACGAACAAGAUGAGAACCAGUCCAUUUCAAAUGAUAAAAAGCAAGAUCACUCAAUCUCUCCUCCUGACCUGUCUCUGGAUAAUAUUGAACAUCUUUUGAUGUGUGAAACAGUAAAGAGUAAAUAUAAGUCUGUUGAUGCUUAUGAAGAGGAUAGCAAAUUAAAUGAAACAUUAGAUAACUGCAGCUCAGAGUCAUUUAUGAUCGUGGAGGCUAAGCGGUAUAAAAUUUACCCAUUCUCUUUGUCUCCUAUAUAUGAAGAUGACAGUCCACAAGAAGACCAGCUGUCUACUGAUGUCUCACCAGGAAGCCAUUCUACUGGAAAAUCCAAAGACAGUGCCAACCAUUCUUCAUCAGUCUUGUCACUUCUUCAGUCAGUUUCUGAGCGUUUGAAAUUUAGUAACCAGUUAAGUGAGGAGGAGGAGGAGGAGGAGGAGGAGAAGGAUGAAGACGACUCUUAUGAAGAAAACAUGGUGGAAGUUCAGAAAGAAGAGUGGAUUGCCAGCCAGUGGGCAGGCGGCUCAAACAUGAUGCUUCUAGAGAAUGACCAAGAAAGGGCUUCAUUUUCCAACCAGUCACUCAUAUUUUCAAAAGAACUACUUGGUUCUAAACAGCAGUCGGAGCCAUUUCUAGAAGAAGGUCAGUUUUCUAAUCCAACACAAUGUACUCAGUUUCAACAGAAAGCUGUCCCUAGGAGUGUGUAUUACCAGUAUUUUCAGACAGCCAGCAAUUAUUCAUGCGAGAAAGGAGUCCAGUUUGGAAGUGUCCUUCAAGAAGGAUUAUUGCCAAGGGGUCAUAAGCCUCAAGACGACAAUUUGCCAGAAUCAGGUUUCCCAGUGAAUCUUAUUGACAGGAAAACCCUCAAAUGUAAUCCAAGACCAGGAAAAAUGAUUAUUCAUGACAUUCAUGGCGAGAAGACUAAACAAGAAAUAUACCAUGAUCUACCAGAUGCCACAUCCUGGAUCUUUCCAAUGGGAGCAUUGCUUAACAUUAUUAGAGGAUGCUGGAUUUUAUAUGAAAAACCAAAAUUCCAAGGUGAGAAAUAUGUGCUAGAAGAAGGAGAAGUGGUCUUGGAUCAUCUUUGGGAUCUUCAGGACAUGAAAUGCCAUCCAAGAAACCUUGUAGUUGGUUCUAUCAAACAUGUAACAAAGGAUUGCAGCAUUCCAGAAAUAGAGUUUUGCCCGCAAACUGGCACAGAGGGGUUUCCUGUCUGCAUACAGAGUGCAGUUGCCAACUUAGAAGAAUUAGAUAUUAAAAGCACCUUUGACAUAAAUGUCAACUCAGGAGCAUGGCUUGCCUAUUCAGAUCUUAAUUACAAAGGAGAAAUGAUAGUUCUGGAGGAGGGCAGCUCCCCAUCUGAAAUUUCUGCAGCAGAUGUGAGAUCUCUGCGUCCCCUAAAAAUGGGUGGACUAAAGGUACAAAUGCCUAUGAAUGUUAAGAUAGUAAUAUAUGAGAGAAAAUACUUUGGAGGAUGGGCCAAAGAGGUUUCUGAAAACAUCGAUGCUGUCCCAACACUCUUUAGAAGUAAUGAGGCUUUCGAGGGAAUUGGAUCAAUACGUGUCAUUGGUGGAGUAUGGGUUGCCUAUGAAAAGGAACAAUACAAAGGCCGUCAGUACCUGCUGGAGGAGGGGGAUUAUGAAGAUGUACACUCAUAUGGGGGUAUUAAUGGUGUCCUAUUGUCUUUUCGGUUCCUACAGGCUGAUUUUAUCGAGUCAUCAGUCAUCCUUUUUGAAUCCGAUGAAGAUGAUGGGAAGAUCAUUGUCAAUCAAGAUAUUCCUGAUUUACAGCAAUUUGGGUUUGGUCAGGAGACGAGAUCAAUUCAUGUGAAAAGUGGAGUGUGGGUUGCAUAUCAGCAGAAAUAUUUCUGUGGAGAGCAAUAUAUCCUGGAAAAAGGAAAAUAUAAAUGCUUUUUUGACUGGGGAGGAUCCAGUGAGACCAUCAUGUCAAUUCGACCCCUUAAGUUGGAACCACUUGGCAAGAACGAGCCUCCGCAUUUGCUCAAAGCUUAUAGUAACACACAUUUCCAAGGAGCAUGUGUAGAUUUCACAGCAGAAGUUUCUGAUUUUACAUCAUUCAUACCAUGUUCUUUUAAGGUUCUUCGAGGAUGUUGGCUCCUGUUUUAUCAAGGGGAAAUUGCUGACAAUCAUUGUGUGCUGGAAGAAGGCCUCUACACUGAUCUCACUUCCUGUGGCUGUCCAGCAUCUACACUCAAAUCCUUCAAGCCUGUGGAAUAUGUUUUUGCUGAACCCUCCAUCAGUCUGUUUGCCCUGGAAUGUUGUGAGGGCAGAGAGUUGCACUUCGAAGAAGCUGUCAGUUCUGUUCUGAACAAGGACAUCCACUUUUACACGCAGUCUGUGUGGGUGAGAAGUGGAUUGUGGAUUGCAUAUGAGGGAGGACGUUUCUCAGGAAAACAAAUUCUGCUAGAACCCGGCAAGAUUUCAAACUGGACUGAAUUCAGUGGCUGGAGAGUAAUUGGUUCUCUUCGUCCUAUGAAGCAGCCGGCAGUUUACUUCAGAAUAAAGAACCGAGCCCAGGAUAAAUACUUGACAGUCCUUGGAAAUCAAUUAGAUGCAAAAGCUACUUCAGUGUGUGUUUCUCCAUGCAAUGGCAAGAAUACCCAAAUCUGGCACUACUGUCAUGGACUCUUCAAAUCCAAGGCUAAUGAUGCAUGCCUUGAUAUCGUCAGUGGCAGAGACAUCCCUGGAGCUAAAGUAGCACUGUGGACAGAACAUGGAAAGGCUAGGCAGAAGUGGAGGCUCAAUAAAGAUGGAACCAUCAGUUCGUACCUCAAUGAUCAACUGGUUCUUGAUGUCAAAGGAGGAAAUUAUUAUGACAAGAACUAUAUAAUUAUAAAUCAUCUCCUGGAAAGUGAAUUCUCACAGAAAUGGGACAUUGAAAUAUUAUGAAUAAAACAGCUACAAGAUGCUAGGAAUAUGGACCUACGUAGGCCAUGAACACUGUGUGUUUGAGAGAAGGAACUACUGAAGUCACAUGCCACUGGAAUGUUACUCAGCAAGUCCACUCUACUACUUCCUGUUAGGCACUGACUCCCCAAACAACUGAAUUUUGCACAGUAGAGCGGUGAGGUUAAUGUAAUGAUAGUUUUUCUAAUAUUUACACAUGACUCCAUGUUGUGAUCUUCCUCCUCUUCAAGCACCAUUUAGGCCUAUUUUCCUGUAACAUUCACUAGUCCUUUAAAAGAAGGCAAAGGUGAUACAGUAGCAAAAACUUUGCGGUUAUUUCUAAUUCGCUUUUCUAUGUCACCAUUAUUACUAGUCUUUCCUUUCUCAAAAAGUUAGAGAGGCUCUGGUGGUGAUUAGGAUCAAAUAUUAUUGCAGAUCACAAAAAUAAUUUCUUGGUACAGUACACUGUAGUCUGGUCUUAAACACACACCCUUCAAAGACUGGAAUUCCAGGCUAGUUUUCAGAGAUACAGUGACAAUGAGGAAAGCUAAAUUAUUGCCCAGCUGGGUAUGAUUAGGUCCUUGUGUUUAAAAAAAAAAAUGCAUUAAACGUAUGUUUUUAAUUGCAGGGAUGUAUUUAUACCUAUGAGUUGCCAGCCCAUGAGCCAGGGGGAAAAGUAGACUUUCAUAGAUCAAGCUAGCCUUCUAGAAGGAUUUGUUGAGAAUAAAUUAAUACAAUAUAUUUUGGUCUUUAAAUCACAGUAUAUUCAGUUUAAUACAUGCAAGAUGGAUUUGUUUGGUAAAGGUGCUAACUUAAUACCACCACCUAUAUUGUACUGUGGAGCAAGAUUCAAGGAACAACCUGAUGCAUGCUAACUUUUUUGAGGCUCAUCAGCUAAAGCAAUAGCUCACUUUUGAGGAAAAGACAUGAAGAGGCUGGUGAUUGCCAGAAGCACAGCUGUCAGUGAAAUCACAAUGCUGUGCAGCCUCUUACAGUUAACAUACUCACAUUUCAUUUCUGAAGGAAAGUGGUGUUGAGUCAUGUCAGGUAGAUUGUAGUAAAAGGGCUCUGUGGUUUGGUUGAUUUCCAUCUUGAGUCUCCCCCCCCACACACCCCCACACCCCGAAUUGGUGUCUUCCAAAAUGCAGUUCAAUAUGCAAUGCUUUUUCUAAGUAAGGUGUGUUCUCUGGCUUUUGUUGUGUUUUUUGUCUUGAUUAUUAAGCCAUGAAAGGAAGAGUGUACAAAUUAGCUAAACCAAAAAAGUGAAUGUGUGCUGCUUUACAGCUAUUUUGUGUUAGUCUCAUCUUUGAGCCAAAAAAGAAAAGAAAAAAAAUUGUUCCCUCCUUCCCCCCCAAAAGUGAAACAGGUGUAAGACUAUUUUUGUAUGAGGGAGUUUGACUGAAUACCUGUACCUACUUGCACAUAUUUACUGUUUUAUAUUAUAAAAAUCAAAGAUAGGUAAGUGAAUAGUUUGACUGUAUAUAUUUUUCCAACUAAAGCACUUGUAUUUGUGUAGAUUUUUUUUGUCUGUCUCAAUAUACCACACAUUUUAAUAAUAUUUGUGCUUUCUAGUUGUAAUCUGUUCAUCAUUUUGAGGGAAAAGAGAUUAUAUAUUACAACAGAUGUCAGUAUUAGAUCACAAAGCAAAGCAGGUUUGUGUACUUAAAAGCUCUGAUGAAUGUAAUUAAAGCAUGUAUAUUUUAAUUGUACAAAUUUCUAGGGGAUCCUUUAGCUGGUAGUAUUUUAUACUGCACAAAUGCAAUAAUUUUGUUUUUAACUAAGGCACAAAAAUUGUUGAGUGACCAGAGCACACUAAUUAUGGCAUAUGUACACACUCAAUUGACACCUUUCUCUCCCAGUGCAUUAAAAAUCAUUCUAUUUAAACAAAA